AUGAACUCCGAAAUCCAGAACCAGAUCCAUGAGGAACUGGCUGGGGUAAUAUCAGGAAAGAUAAGAAUUAUAUGUGAAAUUGUUCAUUCAGAAUUUGAGGAGCUUAUCUCAAUGUGUCGUGGUCCUAAUGAGAUAUCAAGAGACGACCACUUUCUGAAGAUCCUUAAGGUAGUGCCUGGUUGUCCUUCAACACGAUUAAUGAGCCUUCCGUCGACCAGAAAACUGGCCUUGAAAAACAUGGUAGUUUUUGGUACUGGUGAUUACUGGCAUGCACUCAAUAUAACUGCAAACAUGGCUUUCGUCAGAGCUGUUUCACAGACAGGGAUGCCUCUGUUUGUAAUAGAACAUAGACUACGGGUACUAAUUGGUGACUGGCAUUAA